UGAUAGCACUAGUCUGGGGACUCCUGGUGGCAGCUGCCGUCAUCACCGCUGCAGUCCUGGCAACCAAGAUUUUUUUUCCCGGAGACAAGAACGCCCUAAAUGCACCGAAUAAAGAUGGCACAACAUUGUGGACGUACCCUGGAAAGUCAAGCACUCCUUGCUGGACGACAAUCUACAAGGAAAACGACUCAAUCGUACUUACCUCCACCUUGCCUUCACCGUUAUUGACAAAGGUAACUCACCUGGCAUCAGUCUCCAAGGGCACUGCUCUUUUGGCCCCAACCAGCCUCAGCAUGGAGAAGUCACCCACAACUGUGACAGUCACAUCUCUGCAAAGUGUUGAUGUCCAUGAGUGCACCAGAAACCCGUGCCAACAUGGACGUUGUGUGAACAAAGAUGUUGGCUACACAUGUACCUGCUCACCUGGAUGGACCGGACAGAACUGUCAGCAAGUCAAGCCAUGUCCUAGUGGGUGGAGGGAUCGCAACAAUUACUGCUACAAGCUGAUGACAGACAGAGUCAACUGGAAAACAGCAGAUGCAAACUGUAAAAAACAGCGGGCAAAUCUUGCUUCUAUCCACAGCCAGGCCGAGAUGAACUUCGUCAGUGCUUUGAUCACUAAUGCACCUCAGUCCGGGGAACAACCAAUUGUCUGGUUUGGAAUGAAUCGGUGGUGGGAUGGUGGGUGGAAGUGGUCGGAUGGAUCCAGAGUUACCUACACCAACUGGGCUCCAGGUGAACCCAACAAGAAAGCCUACAUGUCUAUAGUGCCCCCUUCGUGCUCCGGUAUAUCCACCAAGAAUGGCAAGGAGUGGCUCUGGGGAGCUCACAGGCAAAAGGGACACUGGACAGACCAACGAUGUCAUGCUGUAUUUGCGUCCAUUUGCAAGGCUCCAAAAUAAGGGAGGACAUGAUAGUGGCUUCGUUGAUACAUAUGAAAACUUCAGAUCUGUACUCCAAAAUAUAUCAAAAAUAAUUCCGAUUUAUCAGGAAGUGAAGUAUGCCUAUAGUAAUGGAAGAACCAAGUUAAGGAAAGAAGCAUUCUUAGUGGAUUAAUA